AUGUUAUCUUCUCCCAACUUUCUUUCUGUCGUACAGCUCCAAUUUUUUGUGUACGCUCUUACUCCUCAUGGGAUCAAAAUGACUGAUGAAUAUGAUGGAAUAAACUCUUCCGAUGUGACAUUCCUUGAAUUGUUGCAAAAGUCUAAGAAUUCUGCUGUCUUCAAGGUUAUUGUUCGUGGAAGGAUAUGCGUGAUGAAAGUGUAUCAUGAUCGAGGUCCAUCUGAAUGGGAUCCCCCAGAUUAUGACAUGAAUCUCUUUUCUCGCGAAUCCUCCGCAUAUCGACGCAUGAAAGAAAGGGGCCUAUGCAGACAAGGGGUCGUUCUCGACUUCUAUGGUACGAUAACACAAAUACAACCGACUCUCUGGCCAAGUCUGCAUAUGUUUCUUCAGGACAGUCUACCUCCGAAUGCCGUCCUUAUUGAGUAUAUACCGGACCCUCAGCAAAUAGACUUAACCAACUUCUCGAAAGAUUAUCUUGUUCAACUUCGCGAUACUCUUUACAAUAUCCACCAAGCAGGAGUCCUUCAUGGUGAUCCCAAACCGAGAAAUAUGAUAAUAUCUCGCAAACUGAACAGAGUGCUCUGGAUUGAUUUUGAUUCUGCCCAGACAUUCUCAGACAAUCUUUCACCAAGGCAAAAUGCGUGGUUUGAGGAAGAGAAUGAAAUGAUGGAGUACUUUGUCAAAGCUUUAACUCAAGAUCAUGAGGAGGUCAUCGACCAAGGGCAGUCAAAGCAGAACACACGAAAUGAGCGUUACGAAGCCAGGCAUAUUCAAAAUGUAGGCCACUGGGCAGAAUUCAAUCUCGCUUCCAUCCAGCAACAUUUCGGCAACAUUUUAGCCGCGGCACGUAUUCCGGAUGAGCCCAUGAACCCUUCUCCUGCUCGGCCAGUUAACUCUGAAGCUGCCAUUCGGGGCAAGAUCGAUAACUAUUUGACGAACCGUGUCGUACGGGGUCUUCGCUCUGGAUUUGAACACAUGGAUUCCACCCAACAGUUGGCCGGCCUGACAAUCGUGAACUACGAUGUUGGAACGAUGGCUAAGACUCCAAUGAAUUAUGUCCCCGAUGUCGCGGUUUAUGAUCCAAAUCUACCUGCGCAUACGAGACCGAACCGCCUUCCCGGUGAUAUCAAACCGUCAUUCAAAUGGUCACUCGAUAAACGGAGCUCGCCUGACCCAAAUGAUCAAAUGGAGUUCAAGCAAGUCCUGUCACAGGUCAAUUUCUAUAUGAAGCAACACCACGCGCGCUAUAGCUUCAUUUUGACUGAUAUCGAACUCGUUGCUAUUCGAAGACGUGAUGGAAACGGAAACUUGGAACUUUCAGCAUCUAUUCCAUGGACUGCGAAAGGAACGGAGUCACAGCCGCGGAUGACGGUUUUGGUUGGGUUAUGGCUUUGUGACAAAGCUCCUGAUACUGCGCAAGGGAUCGCGGAUGCGAUUCAAAAGAGACUCAGUUCUUCUCAAAAGCAGACCACCGGGGUGAAUACCCAUCCACCUACACGGAAACGGAGGCCAAACCCGGAUGCCUCCUACCAUCCGUCCAAGUCUUCUAAGACAAGAACCAACCGCUUGUUGAGAUCUAAUAAAGAAAAUGAAAACCAGGGCUGUAUCGAUCAUAAGGAAAAAUCCUCAGUGAUCCCCAAUACUGGCCUCUCGGCGGAAGCGACGAGUGCUACCACCGAGGCAACAGACAAAGAGCAACCAUCGGAGCCCACGGACAUUUCAGAGACAAAAGUCACAACAUUACCACUUCCUCUAUCACUCAAUUGUUCCAUUCCAAAAGGUGACUCUAUUAUGGAAGAUGUGUUCGAGGUGGCCCAAACUCUUUAUCGGCUGAGCCAACGCCGUGAUAGUGCCCCGAAUGAAAUUCAUAAAAGAAUUUUUAAAUUAUUUCAAGGCAAUCAUGCAGAAAAAUUAUCAGCCUCUACAGGGAGUCAAUGGUCAGACGGCUCUACAUGGAUGCAAGUGCUUGAUAUGGGGUCGGGCCAGCAAAGAAAGGUAACUAUUUUCAAUAUGCUAGAGUAUAUGGGGGCAUGGGAAUGGUACGAUGGUCAGAUCAAAAUUGCACAAAGCAAAGUUUUCACCAAAAAGGGUAAGCUGGUAGGUCGCCGAGGGGCAGCCACACACGUGCUAGACAGCAUAGAAAAGCAUGAAAUGAGGACCGAAGAGAGAUGGAUCAGUGGAGUUGGACAAGUUACGGUGCAUAACGAGGCAGUUCAUAUGCCUAAGAACAGCCCAUCUACUAUCAGUGGGAUUCAAAGCUUACGGCGAAAGCAAAUUUCCAUGCAACUCAGCAGAGGCCAAAAGUUAACCACCCAGCUUGUCAGGGAGCUAGGGAUUGGAAUACUAUUCCAUCAGAAGAUCUGGGAGUUCACCAAAAUGGAUACCACAAAGUUGGACUACCUAAUUCAAGACGUCAAAAGCAACACGUGUUAUAUGAAAUUACUUCAUAUUCUAAGCUCGCAAUUGGAACUCCUACUCUGGGAAGGCUCCCCAGAUCUUGCCAGAUUUUAUACCGACCUACAAAAAGAGGAUCUAAUUGCAGAAAAUGAGCUAGAAGAGCUACAAGAUACCUUUUUUAUGCAGCAUAGGAACAUACUGCAUAGUAAAGUGAGCACGGCAGUUGAUGGAUUGAUUAACAGGGUUCGAAGUAAUAUUCUGGUCGGGUCUAAGCCUGGCUAUGACGGUUUCACUGUGAGCGGAAGUGAUGAGUUGUCAUGCGAUGUAUUCCAGCGAUUUCACCCAGGUAGGUGGCUAGAUGCUUGGGCUAUAUUAGCAGCUAUGCACAUAUCGGAUAAGCCAGCAAACGUCACAUACAAUAUGAGCAUUCCUUUGGAUGAGGAUAAGAACAACCAGACUCAGCAGAUUGAGAAACCGUUGUCACGAUGGGCAAAGAAAAUCGAGAAGCACCAACAAACCUUGGGUCUAGCGCCUCUAGUUCAUUUUUGUCCAAUAAAUCAUCGGAACAAUCAUUUUACGCUACUCGAACUCAAUGAAAAGGAGAAGAUUAUACGCCACUACGACUCUAUGGCAAAACCAGAUCCCGUCAAAGGCAUCAAGGAAACCCGUCUCUCAAAACUGGUCCAAGAGGAAUUCGGCAGCCUAGGGUUCUCCUAUCUAGAGGCACCUACUCCCCAACAAAGUGACAACUGGAGCUGUGGCAUCCGAGUUGUCUGGAACUUCCGACAAUUAUCUAAUGACCUUUCGAUUGGAUCAUGGGAUACAGUGUUAAUCCCGGAAUCUAUGGCACUAGAAGUUGUGAAUGGAUUAAUCACAUGCGUUGAGGAGAACACUGUUAAGAAGUGUAGAUAG